AUGUACACGGUGGUGUUUGUCUCAAGGUACUUGAAACUUUUCACCCCACCGAGUGCAUACUUGAUUCUCAUGAAGAUCUUUUUCAUUUCAAGCAGCGCAUACAUUCUUUACCUGAUGAAGGUCCAAUUCAGAACGCGCCAUGAAGCUGAUAUCGACACAAUUCGUCUAGACCUCUUGAUGGGCAUCCCCGCCAUCUUGGCGCUACUCUUUAACUAUGAGUUCACGAUCGCAGAAGUCCUAUGGUCAUUCAGUAUCUUCCUUGAGGCAGUGGCAAUUCUUCCUCAAAUGUUCCUGUUGCAGCGGAUAGGCGAGGCAGAGACUAUCACCACACAUUAUAUCUUUGCACUUGGCGCUUACCGCGCGUUAUACUUACUCAACUGGAUUUACAGGUAUGUCUACAGAGCUUUUGUGUCCGCAAAUGCCGAAUGGAACCUCACACUGUUUCUCACCCAGGCUUAUUUUCGAGGCCAAUCAUCACUUUGA